AACAAUCAUCGUACCCCCAUUGAUACCAAUCGCACAAUAUGGAGAUAUUCUUGAGAAACAUUGCUUUCGCAGUUACCCCGGAAGACUUGACACUCGAGUUCGCCAAAAUACUUCACAAGCCCCCGUUCCAAUCUGAACCCCUUCUUAAUUUUGAAUUCCAUAUAUUCUACAAGUCAACCCCGAAUGGAAGGAUAGGCAUCCUUGCUCUCCCUACGGUGGAUUCUGGCGAUACUCUCUUGCGUGCUUAUGGUGACGUAGGGGUUGUCGUCAAAGGCCGCCCAAUCCACCUCAGCAAGAGCAAGCAACCGAUCAACAAGGCCCGUAUUCAGAGACUGAAUACUAUUCCAUGGGUCGACCCAGUGAAGCUGCGAGAGGAGAAGGAAAGGCUUCUCCAGCAAUCGAAGCCUUUCCAGCUCCUUCAUUACGCAUUUGGGCGUUUCAACAGGGAUGGUUCCUUUUCUUCGGAAUUCAACCUUCCUGGCGAUGCCGAUGCCUCCUGUGAUCUGGAGCGUCGGCAAAUACGCUUCACUGUCACGCCCGAUGAUGAACUUGAGAAUUUCAUCGCUCAUUAUCAGAGCCCGAUUUCUGUUGCGUCUUACGCGCCCCUGAAAAUCGCAGAAUUGGUGGGUAACCAGGAUGAGGAUACCCACAUUCUUUUUAUUCGUGCCGAUGCGCCCCCGGUGUUCUCCAUCUCCAUGAAUAAUAAUAUCAAUGCAAUCACAAAUUCAAGCCCUCAACGUCUGGGGGGCUUGACGCGUCAGUAUCCCAUGCCUCCCGGGAGCCAUAGUCUGAUGCUGGCGUUCAAUAGCCAGGAAGACGCUGCAACGUUCAUGUAUGCAUGUCGCAAUCGUCUUCAUAUACGGUACUCCCCAGUGCCCCAUGUUCGUAUUCACGACCACACCUCUAAUCGGAACCCUAUCGAGGAACUCCACGAGUUUCUAUCCGAGAUACCAUACAAGCUUGGCUUCCAAGUGGAAAAGACCGUUGCAGAUUUCGUUUUUAGUGCAAAGGAAAUCCUUUCGCUGAAGGAGGCAAUCAUCUCGUUGAAUGCUGAACAUGGCUCUGAUGCGCCAAAUAUAUUCCAGUGCUUUGCAUCCGAGCACGAAGGACACAAUGCGAGUCGUAAACCACGCCGCAGACGCCGGGCGCAGUGGCAUACCAGCCAAGAAGAUUUAACCUCUCUUCUUGGUCAAGUAAUCCACGAGUUUACUAGAGAGCAUCAAAGACCACUUCGUCUUCUAGCUCCUCCACCACAGAGUGGGGUGUACCAGUCAUACCAUCUGAUCCUAACGCCAACACGGUACAUCCUAGAGGGACCUCUCCCAGAUCAGUCCAAUAGCGUGUUGCGCAAAUACGGAAAUCACGAGUGCUUCCUGCGCGUUACUUUCCAGGACGAGAAUCGAUCAAAGCUUCGCCGGGACUUAGAUUCUUCCAUUUCUGACCUUCUGAAGGAGCGGUAUCGCCCCAUUCUGCUCAAUGGCUAUCGCGUUGCUGGACGUCGAUUCCAGUUCUUGGGAUAUUCGAUGAGUGGUCUGCGAGAUCAUUCGGUGUGGUUUAUGACACCGUUCACGGAUGACAGCGGGACACUGCAGGACGCAGCAUCAAUCCGGCGCAACUUGGGUGAUUUCUCCAAACUUGUCAACCAACCCGCUCGCUUGGCUGCAAGAUGGUCUCAAGCCUUUUCUGGCACCGAUCCAUCGAUAACACUUCUUUCCGAAGAAAUCGAUUUUGACUAUCCUGACAUAAUCUCGCCUUCUUCCAACGUUAUGACAGACGGGUGUAGCCCCAUAUCAGCUGGGCUUGCAAAGGACAUAUGGAAGAAUUUACAGAAGGGCAAGAGGCGACCCGCCAAGCUACGCAAUGUUCCAUCCGCUUUCCAAUUUCGUCUCGGUGGUGCCAAAGGCAUGGUCGUCCAAGAUCCCACAAUGGAAGGCAACCUUGUCCGCCUUCGUCCAUCCCAGAUUAAAUUUGAUGCACCGGAGAACCUCACCUUUGAUGUCCAAUCGACCUCGGCGAGACCAAAAGCGAUGUUCCUCAAUCGUCCGCUCAUCGUACUUAUGGAGUUCUUAGGAGUGGAUACCAGUCGAAUCCUUGACCUGCAGGACGAUGCAAUCACCAAAGCUCAAUCCGUCCGAUCGUCAUCCCUCGAUGCGUCGAAAGUUAUCCAGCAACACGGACUGGGAGCAUCUUUCCAUCUAUCGUCUCUCUUCAGAAAUUUGUCGUCUAUUUUGCAGCUGGAUAUUGGAAACACCGGGGAAGAGUCGCCUCAGUCACGAUGGACAAGCGAGCUUAUAGAAAGCUCCCUCCAUUGCGCCGAGACACAGAUCUUGCGGGAGCUGAAGUAUCGCGCCCAUAUAGAAGUGCCGGGUUCGUAUACCUUGCUUGGCGUUUCUGAUGAAUGGGGCUGCCUCAAGAAGGGAGAAGUUUAUGCAACUGUGUUUGAUGAAAGGACGGGAUUGAACAAGCAAAUUUUGGGCGAUGUCGCCAUAACGCGCAGCCCACAGAUUCAUCCAGGCGACCUACAAGUUGUGAAGGCCGUACACUACCCAGAGUUAUCGCACCUGAAGAACGUCGUCGUAUUUUCAUGCGAGGGUCAGCGAGCGCUUGCAUCAUAUCUGGGUGGGGGUGAUCUUGAUGGCGAUGACUUCAACCUAAUCCUUGAUCCGAAACUGCUGCCAGCGCAUUACAGCGAACCCGGGGAGUACCAGGCGUUACCCAUCAAAACGACACCAGCCCCAUGUGACAUCUCCGACGUCGUGGAUUUCGUAUUUGACUACAUCGAAGCGGACCUCGUCGGUCUCAUCGCCAUACAGCAUCUCAGGUUUUCUGACCUAGAAGAUCCAGGGUGCGCGGAGUGUAUGGAACUCGCGAAAUUGGCAUCAAAUGCAGUCGAUUUCCCGAAGAACGGCACACCUAUCAACUUUACCCAACUUCCAAGGUUCAAGUCAAAGAAUCAGCCCAGGCCUGAUUUUCUUGCGAAAGAAGGCGCCGAUCUCAACAGCGACCAGUACUAUAACAGCAAGAAGCUGCUCGGUCAACUCUACCGCCGGGUACCAGUGAAGAAGUGGAUUCCUCAGGAAUGGAAUGAGGACUAUUCUCCAUCUGACGGAGCCACUGUAGAGGACGCGCUCUCUCGCGUGGGCCUCCGUAAUAUUGGUCUUUCGGGAUUAACCGAUCCAACUCAAGAGUUAAUCGAGGAGAUGACGCAUCUACUCGAAGCAUAUUGCGACCAGCUGCUAGCAAUUGGGCAGGCGCACACCAUUUUGAAAAGCAAGAAUAGCCACGUUUCGGAAUCGGAAUUGGUGAGCGGGACCAUCAUGGCAAAUUGGUCCGACCAUCAUCGUCGACGGGACGCAGUCACUGCGAUGAACUUGCAGACACAUGAGCUUGUCCGUGCGGUCAGGGCGGAGCUCCAAGCUAAAGACUUGUCAAUGCCGGAGACAGAGACGUACGAUGAGGAAGAGGAUGAAUACGAUGAUUGGACCUUCCGCGAAGAAUUCGAUGAUACCGAACAGCGAAGUAUGGCAGAAACGUUCAAGCGCUCUUGGGCAGCGUGGUGCGUUGCAGAAGAUACGCUUCAGGAAGAGCCGAGGAUGUUUGGAGCUCAGAGCUUUGGCUUAAUCGCUCUGGGCAGGAUGCUCGAGAUUGUAAAGGCGUCUUAUGUGAUGUGAAAGAUUAAAUACCAGAAGCUGGCCUUCAUACCAGUGCACUGAAACGGAAUUGCAUACCAUAGGAACUCAUGUACAUGACCAAAGUCAUUAUGAAUUGAAAAGCGAAGUUUAUGUAUCCACCGAGUCACUUGUGGCAGGGGGAUCCCGCGAAAACGACGCAAUUACGAGCAC